UUUGUGAAUGGACUGACCGCCCGGCUUACUGAUUGACAGACUGGUAAAAGAAGAGAGGCAGCUGUGAUUAAAUUAAAAAGGGCAAUGCUGAGAGGUCAAGCGAGGAGCAACAGAGCCUCUUAGUAGUCUGGAAAUACAAAGACACGUGAGGGGAAUCAAGAAACUGAAGGCACGAGAACAACAGAGAGGAGAAUGGUUCAUCACAGAGAGGAUGACCUGAUUGGCAUCCCCUUCCCAAAUCACAGCAGUGAUGUCCUCUGCAGCCUCAACGAGCAGCGUCGUGAUGGGCUGCUCUGCGAUGUCAUCCUCAUCGUCCGCGACCAGGAGUACCGGACCCACCGCUCCGUUCUGGCCGCCUGCAGUCAGUACUUCAAGAAGCUCUUCACAGUGGCCACCGCUGAUGGCGGGGAUCAUCAUCAUCACACGGCGGCCGUGUAUGAAAUCGACUUUGUGGCCCCGGAGCCCCUCACGGCCAUCCUGGAGUUUGCCUACACGUCCACUCUGACCGUGACGGCGUCCAACGUUAAAGAGAUCCUGAACGCGGCUCAGAUGCUGGAGAUCCCCUGCAUCAUCCAUGUCUGCCUGGAGAUCAUGGACAGCGGGGGUGGAGGAGGCGAAGGCGGAGGAGGAGGGAGAGCGGAGGAGGGAGAGGAGGAGGAGGAGGAUGCAGAGGAGGACGAGGAGGAGGAGGAAGAAGAGGAGGAGGAAGAGGAGGACGAGGGGUCGAGGAAGGACGAGCAGGAGGACGAGGAGGACAAUGUCAGCGAGAGGUCGCUGCAGUCGUCGGAGAGCCGGGGGGAGCAGACGCCACCGGGGACGGAGGACUCACCGCCUCCCGGCACCUCCAAGUACCACCAGCAGUUUGACCUGCACAGAGAGUCGUCACAAUCUCAGUCUCCAGACAGUAUGAGAGGGAAACAGGAGAGUAUGGAGAGUCGGGCUUUGAAGGAUUUCUCCAUCGAGUCUCUCCUCCAGGAGGGUCUCUACCCCCGUAUGUCAACACUGGACAGAAGGGCCAACUUCUCUCCUCUCCUCCCAGGAUUCUACCCCUCCAUGUGGGCCGCCGAGUUCCCAGCCUUCCCCAAGCAGCUCCUAAACCCCGGCCACCACCAGCACCCCCACGCAGGGGCUUCGCAGCAAACCAGGCUCCCCCACGCCUUCCCCAUCUCCGCUCCGCUCGACGCCUCGAGGCCCCUCAAUCUGGCCACGAAAAGAGAGACCAUCAAGGAGGAGAUGAAAGAGGAAAUCCCGCUCAGUCUGCUCCACGGCGACUUCCUGAAGGAGUUUGUCAGCUCGGGCCUAGGCAGCCCCAUGAACACUGGGUCAGUGCCGUCAGAGGGUCACGCUCUGGGUCCGAUAAAAGACGAGGCAGACUUCCGGUCGUACCUGAGCUUUCUGAGCUCCGCGUCCCACCUGGGGGCGCUGUUCCCCCCCUGGCAGCUGGAGGAGGAGAGGAAGAUGAAGCCCAAAGCGUCGCAGCAGUGUCCAAUCUGCAACAAGGUCAUCCAAGGAGCGGGGAAACUGCCACGCCACAUGAGGACACACACGGGGGAGAAACCGUACAUGUGCACUAUCUGUGAAGUUCGAUUCACCAGACAGGACAAACUCAAGAUCCACAUGAGGAAGCACACAGGUGAGCGCCCCUACAUCUGCCUCCACUGCAACUCCAAGUUUGUCCACAACUACGACCUGAAGAACCACCUGCGCAUCCACACGGGCGUGCGUCCGUACCAGUGCGAGCACUGCUACAAAAGUUUCACACGGUCCGACCAUCUACACCGACACAUCAAGAGGCAGAGCUGCCGCAUCUCACGCCCCCGGCGGGGAAGAAAACCGGCUGCUUGGCGGUCAACACCCACAAGCAACUUCCUGUGCCCCCCUACUGCUGCCACCAACCGGUUUGAGGAGAGCGGCUUAAACCCUGCGUACCAGGGAGUGAAGAGUCACGGACUUGGGGAGAUGCUCGGCAACAGGGGUCUGGGUUUUAAGGGCGGGGACGGCGCAGCAGGAAAGGACAGCAGGGAGGACCGGCGAGGGGAGGGGAAGCGUGUCGCGGAGGAGGAGAAGGGAGGAGCAGGGAGGCAGAGGGGAGUGUUUGCCUUCGCCCUGGCUGGAGAAGAAGUGCUUACUCACUCUCCGUUCUAUGCUGCGACCUCUGACCCCUGGACCAUGAGACUGGAGCGUGCUCCGCCCAUCCCUGAGCCGGCCAAAUGAACUGUGGUCUGUGGAAGAAAAAAGAAAAAAGACAAAAUAGAAAGUCUUUAAUCUCCGUGUCUGUUCUGCUCCAGUAAGCUAAAGCACCUUUUUUUUUUUUUUUAAAGUGAAA